CGGCCAACGUUGACCGAAACUUCUUGAAGCUGAUUGCUGAACACAGGAUUCGUGACACCUUCCGCUAGAGUGGUCCAAAAUACUCUGACUUGCUGAUGAUAUACACGCUAUGCGCUGGCUCCUCGUGCCGUGAGCACGGAGAAUCCUCGAGCCAGCCGCUCAGGACUAAAAAUAGCCAUCUCCGUCAACAUGACCUUGCUCCAUACCCUGUGGUCUUUACGUCGGCCAUCUGGGCUGUGGAGGAUGAAUGACGAAGCAUCCUCGUUGCCCACUGCGCUAUUGCGUGACGCUGCUUCGAUCGCUGGGGUAUAUCUCGCCUCGCGACAUUGGCUCAAGCAAUACAUACCUGUACAGACUCAUCUUCCAGUCCUCAUAGAAGACUUUGAGGAUGAAAGUGAUACUCGCAACUCAGAUAGCGGCAGGCUGAGCUGGCGACUCAUCAUCAAGAGCUUCACACGAACCUAUUCUCCAUUGCACAUCCUCGGCCUGUUGAAUCUCGUCUCAUUGGUGUCCAUUGCGUCCAUGUGGCUCCCUCAUGCUUUGGCCAUUUUCACACUCAGCUACGUCCUGCUACCUCUUAUCUUGGCUUUCAGUUUGCAUGAGGUAAUGAUGAUCGUAUUUCCGCCAGACAAGGCCAUUGGGAUCCGGUCUCUGCCCGCAAAGACAACCAUCGACCACAUUCUUUUAUCCUCCCGACGAUUUCAACUUACAGCGGAUGUCCUACGAUACGCGCUAUGCUGCUCUGCGACCGUGGCGCUAGUCUGGCUGCCGGGUAUGCAAGAGCAGUCGAACAUUGUAGUUCCUCUGGUAACGAUGGCAUAUACCGUAGCGAUCUUAGGCAGGUUCCACACGCUCGCGAGGGUAAGACUUGGCGAGAUCAUGGCGUGGGUCUUGGCCUCAUUCGCGACAAGUGCGGGCUUAUUCGGUCUCACAGUUAUCAUUGGGAAACUGGUACCAAGCCUAAGCGCCGCAAACGACCCCAUCAAGCGCCCUGAGCGGCGAUAUUUUGAUCCUUGGAUCACUACCCUAGCAGCUCCCCUACAGCAGGCAGUGGUAGCCGUUGUUCCCGGUUGUAUCAUCAUCUUGACCAGUCGGUACGAAUACAGCAAAAGGCAUGUGGAAGCGAUGCUCCGACGACAUCGAGCUCCAGUCCGUGUGCCGACCAAAUUGAAGGCUUUUGGUGGACCGAUGCUAUGGUCAGGUCUGCUGACUCUUGCCCUGUCGAUGUUGGGGCUUCAUGUCCUGGCUGCCACCAACGAUGCUUACAGUAUGCGACCCCUCGACUUCCUUGAAAUAUUCAUUACGAUGCCCACCACUUGUCUUGCCCUGGCCACUGUGUCUUACUGUACCGGCCAGCUGAGAUCCUGGCUACAAUACGAAGAGAUUUGGGUACCGAACCGGGACGACAUAAAAGAGUGGCACCGAGUGGCGCCACUUGAAGACGGCAAAGGGCAGUCACCGCUCGACGGGGAGGGGAGGAUGCUGCAAGGCAUUGAGCGGUGUUCUAAUCCUCAACAGCCCCGCAUCAUAGAUCUUAGGCAAGGUCCGGCAUGACUUUUUUGUGGCAGAU